GCAUCAUGUCCUCGGCGCGCCCCUUCGCUUUUCAACCAAAUGUUUUAAGCGCCGGCAUCGGCGCCACUCCUUGGGCGGCUGCGCUGGCGGUGCUAGCGACCGCGGCAGGGGCAGGUGUCCUUGUGGAUCAUGUGUGCGUUAACGCUGCCGUGACCGCUCUUGCUGCCGGAGGAGUCUGGCAGCGAGCUGUGGAUUUUUUAAGGGACGCGCUUGCCUCCAACAUGGUGCGUUUCAGCACUGCCAUUGCGGCUUGCGAUGCAUCCGGGCACUGGGCUGUCGCAAUGCGGAUCUGGGCGGCGAUGCGCUGCAGGCGCUCUGAUUGCGACACCAUCGGCAUGAACAGCCUCGUCAGCAGCUGCUCCCAGCGCUGGCGCUGGCCUUUGAAGCUCCUGGGCGUCGGGGAGGCGGCAAGGAUCCGCCGAGACGUCGUGAGUUUCAGCUCGGCGAUCCGUGGCCUGCAGGGAUCUCAAAAGUGGGACCAAGCUGCGGAGCUGCUGGUGCGCAUGGCGCAGCUAGAGGUGCCACCAAACCUGGUGACACGAAAUGUCGCGCUGGCUGCGCAGGGGAGUCGAGGCGACUGGCAAAAAUCCCUGUGGCUGUUGGCGGAGUCGAAAGGGGAAGUCAGCUAUCGGGCAGCCAUCGACCUCUGUGAUCUGGAGGGCCAGGGGGAGCAAGCCCGGGUGCUCCUCAACGAGGCACAUGUCUCAGGCACAGAUCUUUCGAUUUCCUUCUAUCCCUGGGCAUUUGGCCGCCUUCUUCUUUUCGAAGCCGAGUCGACUCACGAUGCGCUUUUCUCAGCUCUCCAUGUGCUGCAUACCAGCGAAGUGCGACUCCCACCACAGGAAGUGGCCACCCUCGUUUGGUCUUCGGCCAUGCUCAGUGCAAGUAACCCUUUGUUCUCCAAGCUGCUGUGCGAGCAAGCUCUGAGUCAGAUGCUUGGAUUCUCGCCGGAGGACCUGCUACUUCUGGCCUGGGGCGCGGCGGCCAGUGCUCUCAACUUUCGGCUGUCGUUGCAGAUCGUGGAAGAGACCACGCAACGUCUCGCCGAUGAUGCUAGCUUCGGGGUGGACCCCCAGGUCUUGCUGGGAGUCGUUUGGGCCUCUCAUUUCGCAGGGGUCGCCGGGCCUGGCUUUCGAGCGGCGGUCGCAACGCAGCUCCGCAGGCUAGUAGUUGCGACUGCUCACGGCUUCCGCCUACCGCCGGCCACAGCUUGCUGCAAAGGAUCAAGCAGCGGUUUGAAUGCCGUGGUUGCCACGCGAGCGUCUCCUGUACAUAGCUUCCUGGAUAGUGAGGUCGAAGCACAGGAGGAGCCACUACAGCCGGCGUUUUCUGGGCGGAUCUGGUUCUUUGGCCUGGGCGUCCUCCUGAAUGUUCUGUUAAGCGGCGCGUUGAUCCUGGGAUGCACACCCUUCCAGGACGCCUUAGUGCGGCGGUACGGCUACUCCACCGCUGAUGCGACCACCAUUUGGGGCAACGGCUUUCAGAUCCUGGUCAUGGGCACCGCUCUGACGUCUCCCAUCCUGGACGUUAUCGGGCCCAGGUGGUUUGCAGCCAUCGGCUUAAGCUCUGAGUGUGUCGGCCUGGGAGUCCUGGCGCACACGGCCUCCUACGACCAUGGGGUCCUGAUCCUCUCUUUCGCCUAUGGCCUCGUGGGCCUGGGAGGAAAUAUGCUGAUGCUGUCCAGUAUGCCCUUCUGCCAGCUGUUUCAGCGCAGUAGCACCGCAGCCUCCAUCAUGAUGGGCGCCUAUCAGGCAGCUGGCUUCGUGUUCAUGUUGCUUACUCUGGAGGCCUUUGACUUUUGGACCUUCUUCAGCACCUACCAGCUUAUCGCCGGUGUGGGCUUGCUGGCCUCCUUCUUCGCUUUCCCGGAUGCUCCCUUCAGCUGCCCCGAGGACACUCCUCGCUGCAGCUUGCCCGUGCCGCCCUGUGGACGGGGUGCCUGCGGGAGGCCCGAAAGCUCCGCCCUGCAGCAUGCCUUUGCGCCGCUUCGGUUUUCCCGGACCUGGUACUUUCUGCUUUGCUUUUCCCUUUCGGCCACGGUGGCUGCCUGGUGCGGUGGGACCUUCUACGCGCAGCUGAAGGGCAAGGACCAUGAAGCGGUGGAUCCCACGAUGAGCCAAUCCCUCAUCUUCUGGAUGCCAUUGGCUUCGAACUCCACCUUCCUUUUUACUCCCCUCAUCGGGGCCCUCAUCGACGCUCGUGGCUUUCGACCUGCCAUCUUCUUGCUGUGCCUGGCGACCGUGGGCUGUGUCGCAUCGGUUUGGCUCUUGCCUCUUACGUGGCAGUGGCUGACACUACUCUCUCUGAAUUGGCUGCUGGCUGUCACUUAUUCGCUCCAAUUGAGCUACAUUACCUGCAAAUACGCCGCGGAUCAGUUCGGAGCAGUGAUGUCUUUCAGCACUGUGAUGCAGAGUGUCAUCAACUUGGUUGGUGUGUACCUGCUGAGCUGCCCACCUUCGCGCGCGGCAGCCUGCUUUGUCCCUGCCUGUGUCUUCUUCUGUGCCCUCUGGGCCCGGGACGAGCGCCGAGCCAGUGUCUGA